AUUAGAUGCAAUCGCUAAUUGUACCCAACAGAAUUAGCGUUCUCCAACCGCCCACGUUAAUUCUAAGCAGUAGCUAUCCCAUUAUCUUCUCGGCGUAGACCAGGUCAUCUCCAGCGGGCCCCACGAAUUGAAAAGGACGAAACAAGCUUCCCUUUCCGGUGGAAGCGGAAAGCGGGGCCGGGAAAGGGGCGGCGCGGCCGUAGGAAGCACUCCGAUGGCCCCUCCGUCGAAGUGCCCUCCCUCUAAUCCCACCGGUGCCUACGACGCCGGCGGCGGCAAUGACUACUGCCCGGACCGUCCCCCGUUUCCGUAUUCGUACCACCGCGUGGAAGUGACGCUGAUCUCGGCCCAGGACCUCUACCCCGCCGCCCGCUCGAUGCGCUCCUACGCUGUCGCCUAUAUCCGCCCCGACGACCGCGCCCGCACCCGCGUCGACUCCACCGGCCGCACCGAACCCUCGUGGAACGACAAGUUCAUCUUCCGCGUCGAGGACGACGUCCUCCGCUCCGACACCGCCUCCAUCACCGUCGACGUCUACGCUGCCCGAUCCGGGCUACACUUCGGCCCCGACCCGCACAUUGGCACCGCCCGUGCCCUCCUCUCCACCCUCCGGCCCUCCUCCGCCACCCGCUAUGCCGCCCUCCAGGUCCGCCGCCCCACUUCCCUCCGCCCGCAAGGAAUUCUCAACAUCAGCGUCGCGCUCGUCGUAAGCACCGACACCCCCAACGCCGACCACGGCGCGGCCCCCUCCGCUCCCAACCCGAAUGUCCCAAAAUCGAAGCCCCAGAAGAAUCCGACGGCCGGCGCGAACCGGGAGGCGGAUCGGGACCGUGCGAAGGUGGAGAAGAAGCUAAAGAUGUGGCGGGCGGAGUUGCCGCCGGUGAGCGGCGAGGUGGUGAGAGAAGAGAGGGCUGGGCGGAUGGGCAAAGCGAGGAGAGAGGAAAAGCGCCGCGCCGGAAUGGGGGAGGUUCUGGGGGAGGAAAAGGUCUCGCCGUUGCCCCGGAUCGGUAGGAGGCCGAGUUUUGGGCGUUUGGGGUGCCUCGGCGGCGAGAGCUUUGAAUCGGGGGAGUCGGAAUUCGUGGCCCCUCCGCCGCCUCUGCGUCCGCGAUACGUGCAAGAGAGGCCACACAGAAGGGCGCAGGGAACACAUAGGGCUGCCAGAGAUUGAGAGAAGGCGACUCAAACAUUUCCAGCGUUUCAGCCAUACACGCAGUAAAAAAGAAAAAUGCUUAUCCAUGUCAUUGUUUCACAAGCUGUAGCAUGAACUAGUAUAUUCAACGGCUUAAUCAGCAUUUUCUAUGUCUGUUUUCUGUUUU